GACCGAAGUGGUGGCCAUUCUCUUAUCCUGUCCUGCCAGCUCACGCCCGGACUAUUUGACGAAAUAAGACGAGAGUAGCCAAACAUUGCUAGGUCCGACUUCGCUUGAUGAUAUAGACCAUCAUAUUUCAGCUCGCUCUCUCCACCCUCCACCCUCUUUCAUCAGGAUCUUGAGAUUCAUCUUCAUGAGUCUUUUCUCGAGGAUAACCAGCGUUUAAUACUGUUACAUCCUCCUCCUCAUCUGCUCUUUCGCCAAAACUAUUCAGUAGCUCAUACAGAAGCUCUUUACCAGCAUUGGUAUCGAGAUCAAUGCCAAGUUUCGCAAGACCUAGUCCAGCAAAUCCUCAGCCGUCCACUGCCUGACGAUGUGUUGAUUUCCCCCACAACAAACCAGCCCACCCUAUCAACCACAUCAUGGAUCGAGUCGAAGACGGCCGCGUGGCCCUAGUCACUGGAGGCGCCACUGUGGUCUUCAAGGAGCUCAUCGACGAGACUCUCGCUGCCGACUUUUUAAACGCUCUCCAACGCAGCGGCUUCUCCACUCUCCUUCUACAGUGUGGCACCUAUCAUGGUGAAGUGUUGCAAAAGCUAGUCAAUACAAAGCAUGAGAACCUCACAAUUAACGCUUUUGACUUCGAUUCGAACCUCAAGGAGCAGAUGAAGAAGUGCCGUGGCGAGGCCAAUGUUCAGCCUGCUGGUAUUGUCAUCAGCCAUGCAGGUACGGGCACCAUUGCCGAUUGCGCGGAGGUCCAGGUCGCCCAGAUCAUUGUCGCCAACCCCAAUCUCAUGGACAACCACCAGGCCGAGUUCGCCAAGGCCAUGGCCCGGAAUCACGCCACCAUUAUCCAGGGACACCUUGGCUCCCUGGCUCAGGCAAUCCCUGAGGCCCUUGAGGCUAUCAAGACUACGGGGCUGGACCUGCUCGACUCAUACAGGGAGCCAGCCUUUCCAGUCCGUGAGGAUGAUCGCCUGACCUUUCUUGACCAGGUGAUUGCUGUCGAUCUGUAAAGGGCUGCAGCAAACUGAAAUACUUUUCUCUGCAUUACUACGUGGAACCCGAGGAGUUGUUUUAUUCUUCCUCGGUCGGCCGGAUAGAUACUCAAGGUGUUUAGGGAAUAAAAUUUCGUAGGAAUCAUGACAAAUGAGAAGGACUGAGGGAUGGCAUUACAAUCUUUAACUCACUCUCCUUCUUUCUGCUGCAUAAUAUGUAUGCUAAUAUCGUUCGUCUACCUGCGAGGCUUGAUUGACUGGUCGCCUGCCUUGACUCAAGAAUUAUCAGUGUAGUAUGAGUAUUAUUGUGUGGGUGAGCACCUGAAACUUUCGA